AAAUAUAUACCCUUCCCUCUCUUGUGAUUCUCCAUAAAUACUCUUCUUUCCACGUACCAUUCUCUCUCUCCCCUUCCCUUCCUUCCCUAUCUUUUGAUUACUGGUGUCUCAAUUCCACUUGCUCACAUCCUCAACUUUGUGGCUAGUGUGUUGUCUGUGUUGAUCACCUAUACCAUGGGUGUUCAAAAGCCUGCAUGGUUGGAUGCUCUAUACACACAGAAAUUCUUUGUGGGGUGCUCUUACCAUGAGAAUGCAAAGAAGAAUGAGAAGAACGUAUGCUGCUUGGAUUGCUGCGUUAGCAUAUGCCCUCACUGCAUCCCGAUCCAUCGCUUCCACAGACUUCUCCAAAUUCGGCGCUACGUGUACCAUGACGUCGUCCGGCUAGAGGAUCUCCAGAAGCUCAUCGACUGCUCCAACGUCCAAGCAUACACAAUUAACAGUGCUAAGGUGGUGUUCAUCAAGAAAAGACCACAGAAUAGGCAAUUCAAAGGGGCCGGGAAUUAUUGCACUUCCUGUGACAGAAGCCUCCAAGAACCCUUCAUCCAUUGCUCUCUAGGGUGCAAGGUGGAUUAUUUGCUGAAACACAAGAAGGACCUCACUCCCUACCUAAGGAAAUGCAAGACCCUGCAGCUGAGCCCCGACUUCUUGUUCCCGCAAGACAUGGCCGAUGACGACAUGAUGACCAACGAGACGCAGCACUCGACCAUUGUCGACUGCAGUGACUCGCCGAUGAGCGACUCCUCGGGCUCGUCCGGAUCGGAGAUCAACAACAACAUGAUGAUGAUGAGCAAUAACAUCGCAUGCGGCGGAGAGGUUGUGCGCAAGAAGAGAUCGAGUGGACACUACAGCGUGUGUGGAAGAUCAGCAAGUAAAGUGUCGCAGGAGGACAUAAUUAUGGCCUCCAGCAUUAGUAGUACCAGGAGAAAAGGCAUCCCACAUAGAUCUCCUCUAUGUUAGAAGAGAGGAAAAAAGAAUAAUAUUAACUUCAAGUCCUUUUUUAACAAAUUCUAUCAAAAAUAUGAUUUCCU